CGCGUGCUUUUCACUCUUUUUGGGGGUUUUCCUGUCGUCAGUCCCGGAGCUCACAGCUGCUUGCAGCCAGAGAAUGUAUUCACCGUACAGAUCAUCAGAGAUAAUGUGAUAUAUAACAUCGAACCCAAAGAAUACAAUGCUUUUCAAAAGUUCAAUCGCACCUUCAUCUGGAAUCUGAAGCCGCCGGCUACAAAGAGCUUACAUUUGAAUUUCACUAGUACUGGUUUACGGCAGAUUCAGCCCACAGACAGCUGCCCAGACAAACACGUUUACAUGCUCGCAGUGGAGGAUGUCAGCGUUGGAAGGUUUUGUCCGAAUGGAACUAUUAGACAAGUCGAUGUGCGUCACGUUGGCAAACUGUCUUUGGAAGUGUCUGGAGGUCGAGCUCUGGACAAGAAGGUUAUCGGUGUGUCACUGGGACAUCUCAUUAACUCACUGGCUAAUUUCCAUGUUGUUCUCCCAGAGAAGAGUUCAACCCAGGACUUCUUUACCCCAAUCGCUUUUCCUGAAAAUGCAGAGACAAUGUGGUAUUUUACUGUUCCCCACGCGUACUACACUGAUGUGCGCAUUCUGAGCUACACUGUCCCAACAUGCCUCCAACCUGAAAACAUCCCUACAAUGAAGUACACUUGGCAGGGCAAAGAGCCUCUGGUGAAACUGAUGAAUGUAAGCCAGCCGUCGGUGGAGCCUGGAAACUUUAAUCUCUCCAUAAAGAACUGCAAAAUAUCUGGGCCACAGCCUCCAUCGCAAGGCCUAAUGGUGCACGUCCAGAUCUCUGCCAUCAAGAGAAGCAAGGGGCAAUGUGAAGGGGAUCUGCCUGAGAAGCAAGUACUACAGAUACGUGUAAAUAAAAAGGAUCCCAAGUCAACCUGCGUGUUGAAACUGGAUUCGGUUAUAAUGGACACAAUCACCAUAGCUUCAGGGAACCAUUUUGUCCUGAACUCCUUUGACUGUAACAAGGAUGAAAUGGAGUUAACUGUCAACCAGACCCUAGAAUGUAAAGAAUGGAGAGACUGUGCCUCCACUCCAUUCCCUCUAACUUUCAACUACGAGCAGCAGUGUAUACCAGGAGUUUUGAAGACGAUCAUCUGGCACCUUCAUGGCCCUCAGAACAGUGCAGUGGAGCUUCAGUCUCCUGCGGGAGAUCUGCGUUAUUGUCCGCCUGAAGACAAAUGCAACAGCAUCAUCCUGCUAAAUGUGUCCCAUGUUAACUCCGGCAUUACUCUUGGGCAGUUUUGUCCAAAGGGAACCAUUCAGAAAAUCCAAAUCCGUGAAUCCAAGAUUGCAAUAACUGCCUCCGUUGUGAGUUUCAAUGACCGGAAUUUGGCAACUAAACCCUUCUUAACCUAUUCAUUUACACAGGACAUAUCAGAGCACUAUAUAUUCACUGUUGCACCAAAAAUGGAUAACCCUACCAUGUUGGCGACCCCAGCCUGGCCGUCUGGCAUGAAAGCGUCUAGCACUGUGUCCUGGAUCGUUAACCUGGAGCCUCAGUUUAAGAGCAAUCUAAAGUUCAGAAAUGUCAGCCAGCCCAAGUGUAAGGAGGUGCACACAAACAUCGCAGUGCAGACCAUUCGCUCUCAAACGACGCUGUACAGCACUAAAAAAGAUGAGAAGAUUAAGGAUCUCCUGGUUCCAGAAAGUUUUUACCUGAACGUGACUAACUGCAAGUCACCGACAGGAGCCUUCCGGGCGAUGAUGGAGAUCACGCUGCAAAACAGCAUAAACAAGCUUUUGGGCAUCAUCCUAAGUAUUGUGGGAGUUGUGGUGGUGAUCGUAACAGCUGUGGGGAUCUGUUUUUUUCUCAGGUGA